AUGAAACAUAUGUUGUAUAUCUAUUUUUCUGUUUUUCUUUUUAAAUGGUAUAUUUUUCAUAUAAAUGGAAAACUAAUAAAGUCUGAAAAUAUUGAAAGUAUAAAAUCUAACUUAAGAAAUGGUUCUGUAAAAUUUUGGAAUCCAUCAAAUGAAGAUAAUUACGGAAACAAAAGUGAAUUUUUCCAUAAUCUAAGUACGAAACAUAAAAAUAAUGAAAGCGAUUUUAAUAAGGAUAAUGAUGAAUCAGUUUAUAACACAAAAAAUAUUUCGAGAAACAGAUUCAAUAAUGUUUUAAGAAAUCUUGGUGCAUCAAGGGAUAUACAUCUUCAACAAAAGAAUUUACAUGAGAAAGGAAAAUUAAUUGAACAUAGGACUACUGAUGAUGAAGAUAAAGAAAAAUAUAUUAAGGGGGAAGAAGAAGAGGGACAAGAAGAAGAGGGACAAGAAGAAGAUCAAAAAGAGGCUACGGAAAGCGAAGAAGCACAACAAAGAGCUCUUGAGGAACAAAGAGUAGCUAAAGAAAAGGAAGAAGCACAGCAAAGAGCUCUUGAGGAGCAAAGGGUAGCUAAAGAAAAGGAGGAAGCACAACAAAGAGCUUUAGAAGAACAAAGGGUAGCUAAAGAAAAGGAAGAAGCACAACAAAGAGCUUUAGAAGAACAGAGGGUAGCUAAAGAAAAGGAGGAAGCACAACAAAGAGCUUUAGAAGAACAGAGGGUAGCUAAAGAAAAGGAGAAGCACAACAAAGAGCUUUACAACAAACAAAGAGUAGCUAAAGAAAAGGAAGAAGCACAGCAAAGAGCUCUUGAGGAACAAAGGGUAGCUAAAGAAAAGGAGGAAGCACAACAAAGAGUUUUAGAAGAACAGAGGGUAGCUAAAGAAAAGGAGGAAGCACAACAAAGAGCUUUAGAAGAACAGAGGGUAGCUAAAGAAAAGGAAGAAGCACAACAAAGAGCUCUAGAAGAACAAAGGGUAGCGAAAGAAAAGGAAGAAGCACAGCAAAGAGCUUUAGAAGAACAAAGGGUAGCGAAAGAAAAGGAAGAAGCACAGCAAAGAGCUUUAGAAGAACAGAGGGUAGCGAAAGAAAAGGAGGAAGCACAACAAAGAGCUCUAGAAGAACAAAGGGUAGCGAAAGAAAAGGAAGAAGCACAACAAAGAGCUUUAGAAGAACAGAGGGUAGCUAAAGAAAAGGAAGAAGCACAACAAAGAGCUCUAGAAGAACAAAGGGUAGCGAAAGAAAAGGAAGAAGCACAGCAAAGAGCUUUAGAAGAACAGAGGGUAGCUAAAGAAAAGGAAGAAGCACAACAAAGAGCUCUAGAAGAACAAAGGGUAGCGAAAGAAAAGGAAGAAGCACAGCAAAGAGCUUUAGAAGAACAGAGGGUAGAGAAAGAAAAGGAGGAAGCACAACAAAGAGCUCUAGAAGAACAAAGGGUAGCGAAAGAAAAGGAAGAAGCACAACAAAGAGCUUUAGAAGAACAGAGGGUAGCUAAAGAAAAGGAAGAAGCACAGCAAAGAGCUCUUGAGGAACAAAGGGUAGCUAAAGAAAAGGAAGAAGCACAGCAAAGAGCUCUUGAGGAACAAAGGGUAGCUAAAGAAAAGGAGGAAGCACAACAAAGAGCUGCAGCUGAAGGAAUUGCUUCUAAGAAAAAAAAAUUAGUAGGGGCAAAAGAACAUGGCGAUGUGUCAGCAGAAGAUUUAUAUGAUGGUUUAGAAAUACCAGUUAUAGAACUUCCAUCAGAAGAUGAACGGGGAUAUUAUUUACCACAUCAAUCUUCUUUACCUAAUGAGAGCCGAGGGGAUAGUAGAGAUUCAGAAGAAACAUCUAUAAUAGACAAACAAAAUAGAGAAUCUAUUAAAACAGAUGGUGAAGGACGAAGGGAUAUAAAUAAAGGACAUCUUGAAGAAAAGAAAGAUGGUUCAAUAAAACCAGAACAGAAACAAGAUAAAUCUACUGAAGUCCAAAAUCAUGCAUUAGAGAUAGUAAAUAUUUCUGAUGUUAAUGAUUUUCAAAUUAGUAAAUAUGAGGAUGAAAUAAGUGCUGAAUAUGACGAUUCAUUUAUUGAUGAAGAAGAAGAAGAUGAUGAAGACUUAGACGAAUUUAAACCUAUUAUGCAAUACGAAAAUUUCCAAGAUGAAGAAAACAUAGGAAUGUUUAAAGAACUAGAAGAAUUGAUAGAGAAAAAUGACAAUUUAGAUGAUUUAGAUGAAAGCAUAGAAAAAUCAUCCGAAGAGUUAUCUGAAGAAAAAAAAAAAGGAAAGAAAUAUGAAAAAACAAAGGAUAAUAAUUUAAUAUCAAAUGAAAAAAGUUUGUAUGAUGAGCAUAUUAAAAAAUAUAAAAAUGUUAAGCAUAUUAAUAGGGAAAAGGAAAAAUUCAAAAAAUCAGUGUUUCAUAUAUUUGACAGAGACAAUGAAAUUGUACAGAUCGUAAAUGAAUUAUCUGAGGAUAUAACUAAAUAUUUUUUGAAACUAUAA